AUGUCCGGAUGGAACGCCUACAUUGACACUAUGACCGCCGCCGCUCCAUCGAUCAAGCGUGCUGCUAUUGUUGGCGCCGCCGACGGAUCCGUCUGGGCUCGCACUGAGGAUUCCAACAUCUUCAAGGCCACCGACGCGGAGCUCAAAACGUUCGUCGCCCUGUUCGACGACAUCAACAACGUUCCAUCGAAGGGAGCCGACAUCGAGGGUGUGCACUACGUCGUGCCGCGCACCGAGGAGUCGUUGAUCUUCGGAAAGAAGGAGAACACCGGAUUCUUCGCCGUCAAAACCAAGUCGGCCGUGUUGAUCGCCGUCUACGAGGGACCAAACGAGGUGGCCGCUCAAGUCCGCAAGGCUGUCGAGUCGAUGCAGGCGUAUCUCGCCAAUGCUGGAUAUUAA